GAUUCUUCCUUUACCGAAUCAAAGAAGUCAAUUGCUCUGUCUUGGUUAUUUCUUUCAGAUGCCCGUACUCAGCGUGAAUACGAUGAGAGCCACAUUAUUACAGCACACAAGAUUGAACAGGGUCCUACGGGGGAGUAUCUGGUCCCAAAUUCAGAGGAGUUGGGGUGUGUCAGAUACUGUGUGGUGUAUGACUGUGAGACCAGCUCUUUGGAUUGCUGUGACAGUGAGGAAGAGGAGAAAGAAGGUACGAGUGCUGCUUUAGAGACCGAGAGCACCGACUCAAGUUCUGUGUGUUCACAGAAUGCUGAGGAAGGAACUGCCGUCCGCCAUGCCCGAAGCUUAGAGCAGUUCACCCACCGCCCCGUGCUCGUCCUGCGGGGAGGGUACAAGCGGUUUUCAGCUUGCUAUCCUUUUCUGAGGACUCAGAAGAUAUUGUGGAUGCCUCAGGAACUAGACAACUUCCAGCUGUACCCUGUAGAAAUACUGCCUGCAAAGUUAUACAUGGGCAAUUUCAAGCAGGCCUGUGACCAACAAAUUCAGAAAGAUCUGAAGAUCAAAGCACAAGUCAACAUCUCAGAACAGCCUACGACACUGUUUGCAGAAGGCAGCAAAUACCUCCAUAUAUCUGUUCCAGAUUCACUUGAAGCAAAUCUUUAUUCUUUUUUUCCCACCAUCUGUCAUUUCAUAG